UGAACUCUCCAGCCAGUUUUUAGUUUUUCAGCCAGUACACUCUAGUUUCGGGCGAGACUUUUUUCGUGUACGUUAGUUGAUGUAGUGCUUUACUUGUUUUUUUUUUCGGGGUGACUUUUUUACUUUAUUUUUUAUGUUAUGACUGAAGCUUAUAGGCAGCCUUCACAGUUUGUUGGUACAGGUCAGGGAUUUGGAACGUCUCCUCAACCGUUCAUUGUUGGACACAUUCCACCAGUGAGGCUUAAAAAUCAACCAAUACAGAAAAAAAUGGAUCCUCCAGCAUGCGUUCAGAACGCCAUGAUGACCAAAGACAAGAAACCCUUCACCUACACCCCUGGAGGAAUAGACCUCUCCGAAGCUCGUUCUCCUCGACUACAACGAAGAAUCGAGAGAAACGCUAAUUUAGGCGGAGUUGGUGACAUACCUCAACACCCUGCUCCUCAUCCUCCAAUCUCAGGCCCUCUUCCUCCAUCUGCCUUGGCUGCUAUGCGCCCUCAACCGCAGGUGCAAGUUUUUCCUUCAGGUCCUCCACCACCUGCGCCCAUGCGCGGUGGAGCACCUCCCCCACCACCACCACCCAAACAAGGAAUUCCUCCCCCACCUCCUCCACCUAGUUGUCCAUUACCCACUCAAAAAGUACAGACCUCUGAUAAUCAGGUUCUAGAAAGGCCUGAUAUGACUAAAAUUAUCCCAGAUAACCCGAUGGCAUUGUUGAGAAAGACUGGAGGACCGCAACCAAGGAGAAGCUUAGUUGAUCAAAUAUUUGAGGAAAGUGGAAAGAGUGCUCCAGAGCCUAGAACUCCACCAGUCCAAAGCCAGCAACAAUAUCAACCUCCACAACAGAGAAUUCAGUCUGGAGGGACACCAAUCUCCCCUGUACCACAACAAACAUACAAACCUUCACUACCGCAGCAACAACAGCAGUACCAACCACAGGCUCAACCACAAUACCAACCACAGCAGUACCAACCACAGAUUCAGCAACAGCAGCAGUAUCAACCUCCGAUUCAGCAAACUACCCCACCCAGAGAACAAUAUUCUAGACCUAGCUAUCCAGAGCCUGUGAAAGAGCAACCCAGGUACCAACCACCGGUAAUAGAAAGGCAACCAUCAGCACCCCAGAACAACGGACAACAAGAAGUGAAAACAAGCACUGCACAUUUGGGAUCUUUGUAUAUUCCUCCCAUAAAUCAACAACAGAAACGUAUAGUAUCACCUCCCUCGCCUCCUGAAAGAAAUCUGGACUCCCCAGGCAUACAGACACCUCCUCUUAGAGAGGCUCCCAGACCCUGGCAGACAAAGAAGCCCCAAGACGAGGUGCCUGCCUGGGCAAAGAGAGAAAACCAGAUCCCUAGUAAUGUAGAUGAAGCAAGGAAAAUUUCUCCUCCUGCUUCUCAACAACAACAACAGAGGUGGCCACAACCCCAAGCUCAGGGAAAUCCUCCACCUUCCUUCCAACAGCAACAGUACGAGCAACCCAAAUAUAAUCAACAGCAGUUCCAACAAGCUUAUGCGGGCAGACCAGAUGCUACUCAACAUCAACAGCCAAUAGGAAUUCGUAUAGAUAUCCGUACCAAACCACAAGCACCAUACCAAGAUCAGACAGAAAUGGAAAAUAGACCUAACGUGGUUUACGUCACUCAACCAUUGGUGUUGCAGCAUCCUGGUGUAGCUCCGCAGAGGCAACAAGAUCCAAACAACCAAGGAGGGGCAAGGGUUGUGCCAGUACCCGUUUUAAAUAGACAACAAAGUUGGGGAAGCAACCCCGUGCAAUCCAAUUCGUUCAAAAUCAUUCAAAAAUUCACCAACACAGACGGUGAAGAAGACGAGUACGACAACGUACCCAUUACUGAACACUCGCCCAAGUAUACACAGAACUUCCAACAGCCUAAUGAUCAGAUGAGACGAAUGAAAGUGAACGAUGGGGAACAAAGUAUUGCAAAUACUUUCAAACAAGUGCCUCGUGGACCACAACAACAGCAGUCUAAAGGACCCCAAGUUAGGAAUAUUCCCAUUCAAAUUGAAGGUGAUGAUACUCCCAGGCCGUAUGUGCAUCCAAGUGAACAAGUGGUACAGGAACCAAAAAAAUACACUGGAAGCUCGAUACCCAGUAGAUCUUUCAAAAUUUUGCAAGCUAUGACUGCUCCAAAUGAUUAUGCCAAUGUAGAAGAGCAAAACGAAGAAACCCCAUACGAUGAAUGGGUGUACCCUCCCCAUUAUCCUCCUUAUCCCUACCCUCCCUACUGGUACGAUUAUUACCGUUAUUAUUACCCUGAAUCAUAUCCCGAAGAAACCCCUACCAAAAAAUCAACCCCUAGAAGUAGUGUUUCUAGAAGUACCUCGCCAGCAAGAUCUGGUCGCCAUACUCCUCUGCCUUAUUGGGGGUAUAUGCCUCCUUAUUGUCCUUCACCCAAUACUACUGAUAGCGGCAAAGAGACGUCACCACAAAAGUCAAUACCACCUCCUUGGUAUGGGUACGAUUCAAAUUACCCUUCAGAACAAGACAGUACCGAUGUAGAUGAAAGUAGCAUAUCACAGGAAUAUUUACCAUACUAUGAUCCUUACUAUUAUCAUUACUAUUAUGGAUAUCCACCACCAAUGUAUCCUCCUUAUUCACCACGAUAUGCCAACAGCGAUACUGACAGUACUAUUAACGGUUAUUCUUCAUUAGAUGAAAAAGGAACUAAAUGUAAAAAGGUAAUAGAAAAUCAAAAGAAAGUUGCAAAUGAUUCUGGUGUAAAAGCGAUAGUAACACCAACUUUAGUAGUAACUGAAGUUGUAACCAAACCAGCCAAACCAACCAAACCAAUAGAGGAAAAAAUUGAAAGUACUACAGACUGUGAAACUGAUACAGAAACAGACGAUGAAUAUAGUGGCCAUCUACAAAUAAAUCCCCUGCAGUCUAUGAAAUCUAUAACAAAUAUUACUUCUCUUAAUGCAUACAGUAGUGACGAAGAUAUUUCUAAAGAAGAAAUACAAGAGGAUGAGUAUUCGGGUGAGUCUAAUGACGAAAUUGAUGAUGCCAGUUCAAUAGGUUAUGAAGACGAUGCUUACCCUCACCAACUUAGUGUUAUUAUGGAAGAGAGUGAAAGGACAGAAUCUAGAAUAAGAAGUUUUAGUGCUAUGAGUGAUACUACUACUAUAGCAGAAAGAAGUGAUCCAGAAGAAGACAUUGUAGACUACAGUAAGACAGAAAAGCUUGACAGUAGACACGAAAGUAUUUCAGAUGACUACAAUAAACAUAAUGAAGAAGAAAAUAUUGUAAAUUGCAGAGAACUAGAAUCGGAUGACAGUAAACAAGAACGUGCUUCAGACCACUAUGAUAGACAUAAUGAAGAAGACGUACUACUAGACACUUAUAAAGAAGAUGACCUUAAUGUAGAUUGUGAACAUGACGAUGAUGACAUAAAAAGUAAUGACAGUGAAGAUUGGUGGGGGAUAAUAGGAAAAGAAGACGACGAUUUACCAGCACCAAAGAAAACACAACUUUUUUGCAAUGUAAACGUAGAGGAAAAGAGCAUUUUGAAUGAAUAUGCCGCCAGUGAAGAUAUAAUAGAAAGUGAUAAUUCAGAUACUGAAGAUAUAGUUAGUAUUAAAGUUAAUGAUGUAGAAACUGAUAGAGUAGAUAAUUUAGAAAUACAUAAAAAUGAUACAGUAAAUAAUUAUAGCACAGAGGUUACUAAUUCAAACAAAAACACAACUCAAAAUUGCAAUGAAGAAAGUAAUGAGUAUAGUUCAGAGGUCACUAAUACAAAUACCAAUACAACUCAAGGUUGUAAUGAAGAAAGUAAUAACUACACAGAAUAUACAGUGGUACGACGAAUUAAAAAGAAAAACAAUGUUGUACACAAAGAAACAGAAGUUAAAGAAAGCUUGUCUCGACCUCCGAGUAUAUACCAAUCUUUAGAAAGCCUCCAAUCAGAACCAAAAUCUAGGCCUAGAAGCAUAUACGAAUCGUUAGAAGAUAUCCAGGCAGAAUCAACUGGAAGUCUUAUAAAAGUUGAUAAUUUUGUAGGUAUUUUGGAACAAAUUCAGAAAGAGACUGGUUUUUGGAACUUAAAUUCAAGACUAAACAACGAAAAAGGUAUCGAACCUGUUAAGUUUAGAAGAACUAGAUCUGUGGAGGAAAAACAUUUGGACGAAGAGAAAAGGUUUACUUGGACAUCGUUUGAAAACUUUAAUAGAGAAUCCCUGGAUGAUUUGGAGAACAAAAUAAAGAGAAUGUCUUGUGGUUCAUUGGAAGAUUUGAAAGUAAAUAUUAAAACGGACGAAACGGUUGAGGGUUCUACUAAUUAUAUUAAGUAUAAUUCUAGUUUGAGCUCAACACCUGUUAUUGAAACCCAAAUUAUUCUUGAAGAUAUAAACGAUGAUAAUAAGUCUUCCACUAAUGAAUCACAUACAGAAGAAUCUGACUCUUCUGCUUCAGAGAAAGACGAUAAAGAAACCAACAACAAUCUAGUGAGACUCGAUGAUGACGCUGAUGUUAAAAUACCUACAAUAAAAGACCGAAUUCAAGCUUUAAGAGAAAGUAUUAACUUAAAGAGAAGAAUAUUCUCUGAUGACACUAAAGAGUUAAGUAAGGAUAAGAUUUCUAUAAAUGAUUCAAGUAACAGAAGCAAAACAGCUUCUUCAAAAAGUAGCUUAAAAUCUUUUGAAGAGUUCAGUGAAGAAGAAGAGGUAGAUUCAGGAGUUACAUCAGACAUGAGUAGGCAUAUAUCAGAUACCGAAGAGUUUCCUGAGUUGAGGAAGCUUACUAAAUACCAAAGAGCAGCUACACACUCAAGACUGUUUAAACUUUUACAAGAAGAAUGCAAUAACGAGGAUGUAGAAGAAGAUGCUGAAGAGAGUAAGCAAGCUUUAGAUCUGAAUUUAAACGAUGCUAAAAAUCCAGUAAAUGAAAGACUAGUUAAUGAGUUGGUAGAUAGUUUACUAAAACUCAAAAAAGGACAAGCGUUUAAGAACUUACCUAAAGAAAAAUUGUAUGCAGCAGCCGUGAAAAUAUUGCAAGAAGAUAUGGAGGUUACAGAUACCCUUUCUGGAUAUUCCACAAGUGUCCAAACACCUCAAGAGUUCGGAACCAAUUCUGAUGAUUAUAAACAAUACUACGAUACCUGGGAUAGAAGCGAAGAAAGCUUUGACAUAUUUCCUUCAAAAGCCUUCAAAGUUCUGCAAGAAUUAUCGAGCAACAAACAAGGAGGUGGAUUGAGCCCUAUAAUAAAGUGUCCCAAGGUGUUGUCCUCUAAAAACAUCCACAAGAAACUGAUCAGACUUUUAGAAAACUCUGAAAACUCUUCUAGUCCCAUUCCUGACAAACCUCCCUUAGAAACGAACGAUGUAACGAGAGUCUCUUGAAAUUCCAAAGGGGCUUUAAGCGAAAAAUUGAUAAUUUCUUGGACCCGGUUUUAAU